AUGGCCGAGCCGGCGCAUAAUCACGGAAUCCGCGCAUCGGAUCUGUCCCGCAUUCCUCUUCACCUCCGGCGACAGUCACGGCAGAACCUACAGCUUUGCGACAAGAACGCGCCCUGGGGCACUGAUUCCGAUGGAUCUCAGAACCGAAAGCGCUUUCCGGAGAGUCUUCACUUCAACCCGACAACUUUCCGUCUCCGCUCGCGCACAGAAUCCACGCGCAGCAGCAUCUCCUCCGCUCACAUCCCGGACUCGGCAACGACGUACUCUGUUUCCACUCUCGCCAGCCCGUUGAGCUCGAGUUACGCCAGCGACCUUCAAGAGCGAUUCGCCAGCCAUUGCAUCGACUCCUCAAGGCCGUCCAGUAGGAUCCGCCAUCGCCAUCAGCCCUCGAGCGCGACAACUUGCUCCACGUACAUCAAUGAUGAUAACGAGGCGCCGAUACUCAUCGGCUAUCCUGACGUGAGUGAGAAGCUGAAAGGGCUGCGAGACACCAGCAGCGAGCUGGGCUCUGCCAUUCAAACGCCGUCUGUGCACCACCUUGAAGACCCCUUUAUCAAGCAGGAGGAGGAUAUCGCGGUAGAAGAUGCGCCAGAGUGGCCGCAUACUCAAGACCAAUGCGGCUCUCCGGGCCAGUCGGACGUCGCAUCGGUCGUCUCGGACGACUAUUCUCCAGAAGACGUUGACGCGAUGCUGGACUUCGCGCUUCAAUCUGUUUAUGGCAUUGAGCUACGAGAGACUUCUGCGCCAACAGCAAUUAUUCGCCGCCUUGCCUCCAACUUCCUGACGGAGCUAGGGCAGCACAUUUGGCAGAACGCGUCCGAUACUCAGCCAGUCCACACCAUGUCUACCGCCAGUUCGUCGACCACCCCCUCGCAGGGAACAGCCGGGGAGCCUUCGCAGGGCAAGCGAAAGAAGCUUGCGGGUGGCGAGGACGGUGGAGAGGAGUACAGCGAUGGGGAGGGCUCUGGAUUUGGCCCGUCGAAACGCCUUCGGCCAAGUCCCAGAGAGGAGGAGAAUCUCCGCCUGAGCUGUCCUUUCAGGAAGCGGAACCCCCAUCGCUUCAACGUGCGGGACCAUCAUAGCUGUGCUAUGACAUACUUCCCAAAGUUUGCAGAGCUCAGGCAACAUAUUGUGAAGCAGCAUAAGCGCGACGACCCAUCGGCAUUUGUCUGCGAUCGCUGCACGCGGGACUUCCAGACCAGGAAAGAGCUGCGCGAGCACCAGCGACAACCCAAGGAGCAGAUGUGCGACAUCUCCGACCAUGACCCCGAGUCGGGCAUCGAUGGGCCGACUUCAAUCAAGCUUGUGAGCCGGAAGCGUGCCAGCGGCACCUCGGCGGAAGUUCAGUGGAGAGAAAUCUGGAAUAUUCUCUUCCCAGAUGACGAUGACGGGAUGAUCCAGCCAUACCACUUCACUCCUGUGAUUGAGCAUUUUGAACUUUCCGCGCAAUAUCUGACUUCCUUCGAUUUUCUUCAAACUUCCCUGCGAAACAAGAUCUCCAACCCGGCAACGCUGGAGACCCUGGCCACAAAGUUUCACCAAUGCUUCGUUGAGGCUGUAGAAGGCUGUACAACUGCCGCUCGCAGCAUGCCGUACACGAAUCGCAGCAACAAGAGAAACGAGCCGAAUCGCCAGAGCACGGUCUCGAGGAAGCCUAGGGCCAUCUCAUCCCGUCCAGACUCCGGUGUCAUCAUGGACGACGGCUCUGAAGAAAGCUGCAGUGUCCUGGGCUCUUCUGGGCUCGGCCACCGGGACAGCAUUCGGACCGUUAGGAGCCUCGCGCCACGCCGUGGAAGCACUCUCGCGCCCAAGGGCCUGAGGGAGGUUCUGCCUGCCCCGACGCCUCCUGCUGCUACAACGGCCGCUCCGUAUCCCACGCUUCCUUUGGAAGCUGCGGCGAACGGGAUCGACCCAGCUGCGGCGGUGCAAGCAUGGAAUAAUGGGGUCACGUUUGACCAGGAAGACCCCACGUUCUCCAUGCCAGAGCAAUGGAUGAUGCCUCCUGCGACUGUCUCCGGACCUAUGAACCCGCAGACUGAUUUCACGACUAUGGAUGAAUCGUUCUUGUACCAGACCGACUUCGCCGCGAUGGGACACGGAUUUACAGGAUUUAAUGGACGUUAA